GUUGACGAACACUCCCAUUGUAACAUUUCGACGAUAAACAGCUGUCUUUUGUUGACAAAACAUACCGGUACGGAGUUUUUUUUAUUCGCCUGGGAUUGCAUAAACAGCAUAAACAUAAUAGUUUAACUUCUUUAACUUCACAUAUUAAUUAAAUAAGCACAAUAAACACAAAUAGCAAUGGCUUUGCAAAAAGUCAACCUUUUACCCAUAGCCCUGAUAAAUCACUCGAAACGUUUCUUCUCAACAACGACUCUGAAGUGCAAAACUUUUGCCCAAAAAUAUCGUGAAUUUUGGUCACCGAAAUCGAGUAAUCAACCUCCAUAUGGACACUUCACACAAGUUGGUGACCCAGUCCUGAGAUCAAAAGCCGUGGACGUUCCAGAGGAUGUUAUAAAUAGUAAAGAAAUUGAUUUGAUCAUAGAUCAAAUGAUCAAAGUUCUACGCAAAUAUGAUUGCGUUGGCAUUGCAGCACCACAAAUUGGUAUAUCUUUGCGGAUAAUAGUUAUGGAGUUCCGUGAAGGUCUGAAAGACAAAUUUAAAAAAGAGGUUUAUGAGGCGAGGAAAAUGUCAACACUGCCAUUGACGGUCAUGAUAAAUCCCACACUGAAAAUAACAAAUUACACCAAACAUAAACAUCCUGAGGGUUGUAUGAGUGUGCGUGGAUUUUCGGCGGAGGUAGAACGUUACGACUCAGUGACGCUCACGGGAAUUGGCAAACGAGAUACACCCAAUGAAUUACAAUUAAGCGGUUGGAAUGCUAGGAUAGCUCAACAUGAAAUGGACCAUUUAGAUGGAAAGCUAUAUAUUGAUCAAAUGGAUGGAAUGACGUUUCAUUGUACCUGUUGGGAAGCUGUAAAUUCAAAGGCGGGUCGUGUUGAAAUACCUUUUUAUAAAUAAUGUUAUUAUAUUUUUGCAUAAUUUUUAUUUGUAUAUUACGAAUAAAAGUUUAAAAAAA